AUGGCAGAACUAUGUACGGACAGUAUCAGUCAGUGGGGAGCCUAGCUUACUAUCCGAUAGGUAUUGGUGUCGAAAAUCGGCCGAAAAUCAGAAAUCCAUCAUUGCUGUCCUCAAGGUCACGCGCGUACGGCACUGAGGGGGACGCACUAGGGUUAAAUUCCCAAAUGAAGAUUUGAUGAGGGGGGUGACUGCGCAGUAAUACGUAAUACUAUAUAUGUCACGGGAUGCUCUGCAAAACUGGGCAAGGGCAUUCAGAGAAAAAAUAGGAUGCGUACGUGUCGCUUUGGGGGUUCCUUUGCUCAACUGGGAAACGAUCAAGGUUCUUCAUGGGGUACGUGCAGCUGGACGGUAGGCGUCUGGAUUAAAUGAGAGGCGAUCGCUGCUUGGUAACAGUACUGAGCCAGACGGGAUUAUAAAAGACAAGAAUUCAGCAUACGGAGACAUUUCACGAAAUACCGCCAGAGAGAUUCUGACAACAAGCUGAGGGAACAUUCCGGAUUCUGCUGUUAGGGCUGCCGAAGACUUAACCGGGAAAAUGGAUGGCCAGAAGAAACAGCAGGUGACGUGCUACCUCGUCUUCUCUGUCUCCAUCGUGGUCAUCGGCUCUCUGCAGUUUGGCUACAACACUGGGGUCAUUAAUGCCCCUGAGCAGAAACUGCGAGCCUUCUUCAACAGCACCUGGGUGGGGCGCUAUGGCCAGUCCAUCAGCCCCGGGGUGUGCACGCUGAUCUGGAGCCUGUCAGUGGCCAUCUUCAGCGUGGGCGGCAUGGCCGGAUCCUUCAGCGUGGGCGUCAUGGCAAACACCUUCGGCCGGCGGAAUUCCAUGCUGAUUAUCAAUGUCCUGGCUCUGAUUGGUGCAGUCCUGAUGGGGCUGUCCACUCUCUGCGCUUCCUUUGAGAUGGUGAUAGCAGGGAGGUUGGUGAUUGGUCUGUUCUGUGGCCUGUGCACGGGCCUGACUCCCAUGUAUGUGGGUGAGGUGGCCCCCACCGCCCUCCGCGGAGCCUUCGGGACUCUACACCAGCUGGGAGUCGUGGUGGGGAUCCUGAUUGCUCAGAUCUUCGGCUUGGAGGCCCUGCUCGGUUCGGAGAAGCUCUGGCCGGUGCUGCUGGCCCUGACUGCUAUUCCAGCCCUGAUCCAGUGUCUGCUGCUGCCCUUCUGUCCCGAGAGUCCGAGAUUCCUGCUCAUCAACAGGAACGAGGAGGAACUCGCUCGCAAAGCCCUCGUGAGGUUGCGCGGUUGUGAUGAUGUCAGCGAGGACAUGCAGGAGAUGAAGGAGGAAAGCAUGAAGAUGGCCAUGGAGAAGAAGGUGACCAUACCCGAGCUCUUCCGCUCUCCGCUGUACCGGCAGCCCAUCGUCAUCGCCAUCAUGCUGCAGCUCUCCCAACAGCUGUCCGGGAUCAAUGCCGUGUUUUAUUACUCCACCGGUAUUUUCGAGUCUGCCGGAGUGACCAAACCCAUCUACGCCACCAUCGGAGCCGGGGUGGUCAACACCGUCUUCACCGUGGUAUCGCUGUUUCUGGUGGAGAGGGCGGGCCGCAGAACUCUCCAUCUCCUCGGCCUGGCUGGAAUGGCAGUCAGCGCACUGCUUUUGACUAUUGCAUUACUAUUGGUGGCGAGUCUGCCGUACCUCUACGUCUUCAGAAGUAACUCCAUCGCCGUGCCUUUCUUUGAGCAGAAGGACAUACAGUCUUUGAGUUACCUCAGCAUCGCGGCAGUGUUCGCCUUCGUGGCCAUGUUCGAGAUGGGGCCAGGGCCCAUUCCCUGGUUCAUCGUGGCUGAGCUGUUCUCCCAAGGGCCUCGACCGGCCGCCAUGGCUGUAGCUGGCUGCUCCAACUGGACGUCCAACUUCCUUGUAGGAAUCAGCUUCCCCAAGCUGGUGGAAUGGUGUGGUCCUUACGUCUUCAUCAUCUUCAUGAUCUUUCUCAUCAUCUUCUUCGUCUUCACCUUCUUCCGAGUUCCUGAGACUAAAGGACGGACCUUCGAAGACAUUGCCCGUGGAUUCAGUGGGUCCGCCAACCCCCCCUCCAGCCUGGCCCAGCCCUUCCCACAGCAGGAUGAAUCCACCCUGUCUGCUUCUCCUACCAAGGAGAAGGUUCCGUUAGAGAAUGUUCCAGCAGAGGACAUGACAGAAACACCUCAGAAACCCAGUAGCAACACAUAGGAAAGCCAAUUUACUGUUAGGCCCGCAAGACGACAGUCAGAGUAACUAAGAAUGGAGAUAUGUGAGUUUUUUGUUGCUUGUUGCGUUUUUUUUUUUUUUUUUUUCGUAAAUGUGUGUGGAAUUUGAAUGAUAAACAUGCAUAAGUGGAAGAGGAAAGAGUUUAGCUUUCAAUAUGUGCAGAUUGGAUAGUCUAGUGUUUUAAUGAGAAAUAUUUAUGAGUAUAUUUUGUGUUUAAUGUGUACAUGUAUUUUGAGUUCACUUACAGGUGUAAAUUCAAUUAUAAUUAAGUUACAUUUAUCACAACAUUUUAUGCACCCGUAACACCAACAUACCCAUUAGCUGACUGCAAUCAAUGCUGUUUGUUAUUUUCUUUUCAUAACAUACAAAGGGAUUAAAAAUGAAUGGUAAUGUUGUUUAACCUUUUCGAUGACAGCAAUUCGUUGGUGGUUUUUAGCAAAACUUACUGAUACACAAUCUACUCAGACCAUUUUUACACGCGGCACAAAAUGUGAAAAAUUUACUAGCGCCCCAUCUGAUCUGUUGUCCAAUUUAAUUAAGUGAUAGUAGUAACACUGGACUUAGCUGAUGUCUGAAUUACUGCCUCUCUAUGUAUUUCCCAAGCACCUUUGCGAACACAUAAGCUGACCUGGGAGAUUCAUUCUUACAGUGUAUGUGUCACUGACUUUCAUAUGUGUUGCAUUUUUCACAUUUAAUCAGAUAUUUUGACCACCCAAAGCUAGUAAGGCAGGAGUGCAGGUUUGUUGUCACAUUAGCAGUAAAUUUGUCCGUUUAGAUUUAGCUGCAUUUUUCCACAGUGGUGUUCAUUUACUUACCAUAUAGAUUUAAUUUUCAGAGGGUUACUCGAAGGAACUUAAAAAUGCUCCUUUUUGGCCAAAUGGCAGAAAGUAUUAUUAUCAGUGAGCGAUGUAGAUUUUAGAAUAAAAUACUUAUACAGAAACCUUUCCCUUGCACUUUAGUACCGUAAUGUAUGUAAAAUCUCAACAGAGCUUAAGUAUAUCAUAGCAGUGGGGGCUGCCACAGACACAGGGCUCCAGCAUUCAGAGCAAGCAGCAGCUUCUGCCAUUCAACUGAACCUAUUCAAACCAAAAUAGAUGUUUUUACUAAACGACCAGCAGUGCUUUAAUGCAUAGAUCCUUUAGAAGGCAAAAGUUAUUUUAUGGAAAAAUAUAUAUAUUUGAUGUUUUUUGUUUGACAGAAUAAUUUAAUAUGUUGGCCUCAAAGAACUAAUAUUUUUGUUAAAGGUUAGUCUCUAUAGUAUAUUUUAUUUAUUUAAUCUGAUAAAAUGUAGAUAACACACAGUAAACAUGACAUUAAAAUACAAUUUAGGCAAAUAAAGUAGGUGCCGAUAGGAGUGAGAGAGAGAGAUAAGAGAUAAAUAUUUAUUGUUACUGUCACUUGAACAACGAUAUUGUAAUGCAAUCGACUCAGUGUGAGUGGGGUGGCUUUGCGAUGCUGUUGGGUUGUUCUACAUGCCCUCUGUCACGAUGUCCGCUGUGAACACCUGUAAACUUUUGUAUUUGUGGAAAUAUGUAACGUUGCGGUGAUUUCUGUGUUUUCGUGUAGAUUUUAGUAGGUGGUCACAUACUGUUGAGUACUUCUUGGCUUGAAAAGUGAUUAAGAGAACUUUGUCUGCAAAUGUUUGGGUGUCACACUGGAGUACUGGUCAAAGGUCAAAGUAUGGCGUCUCCUUCUUUUAAGGACCUGUCUCAUUUGACAGGGACCCUUAACAGAAUACAAACGGAUGCAGUGCCACUGUAUGACUGUGUUCUGCACCAGUGGACACUUUCUUAUAUUGUGCUAUAUCCUGAUUACUUCAGCACAUGUGUAUGUGCUGCUUAUUUACACGAAGAGAAUAAACCUUGUAAAACCUCA